AUGGCCAUGAAAGGCACAUCCACACUUUCUGUGCCAAACGGACACUCAAAGAUGCCUCUAGAGUUGGAGGGUCGGGGGCACUGGGGACACAAAGCCGAGUACAUCCUGACUGUGAUGGGUGCGAUCAUCGGACCUGGAAAUGUAUGGAGGUUCCCCUACUUGUGCUACAGAAACGGAGGAGGUGUGUUUUUCAUUCCAUAUAUUCUCUUCAUGCUUACAUGCGGGAUCCCCUUAUUCUUUCUUGAGACUGCCUUAGGACAGUACACCAGCCAGGGGGGUAUUACGUGCUGGAGAAAGAUUUGCCCGCUUUUUCAGGGCAUGGGCUAUGCCAGCCACUUAAUCAUCUCAUUCAGUGCCACCUCCUAUGUUAUCAUCAUGGCAUGGGCUUUUUUUUACCUGUUUUCAUCCUUCAGUGCGGAAUUGCCUUGGGCCACAUGUGGACACGACUGGAAUACAGAUGCAUGUAUGGACUUCAGCCAUCCAAAUCUGAGCCUCAGCAUGAAAUCCGGAGUGAAUACCACUCUUCCUGUUGUGGAGUUCUGGCAGCACCGGGUUUUGAAAAUUUCCAGUGGCAUUGAGGAGAUGGGCAGCUUGAGGUGGGAACUGGUCUUGUGCCUCAUCCUGACUUGGGUCAUUUGCUACUUUUGCGUCUGGAAGGGCAUCAAGUCAACAGGAAAGGCAGCCUUCUUCACAGCCACCUUCCCUUAUGUUAUGCUGUUGAUUUUGCUCAUACGUGGUGUUACCCUACCAGGGGCACUGGAUGGGAUCAUUUACUACCUAUACCCUGAUAUCUCCCGCCUCUCAGAUCCCCAGGUGUGGAUGGAUGCUGGCACUCAGAUCUUCUUUUCCUAUGCCAUCGGCCUUGGGUUCCUAACCUCUCUUGGGAGUUACAACACGUACAAGAAUGAUUGUUACAGGGACUGUUUCUACUUGUGUCUGCUGAACAGUGCCACCAGCAUUGUGUCAGGUUUCGCCAUUUUCUCUGUUUUGGGUUUCAUGACCAAAGAACAAGGAGUGGAUAUUUCUGAAGUAGCCGAAUCAGGUCCAGGGUUGGCAUUCAUUGUCUACCCUCGUGCUGUCGCCAUGAUGCCAGUGCCUCAGGUGUGGUCAGUGUGUUUCUUCAUUAUGAUCAUUCUGCUUGGAUUGGACAGUCAGUUUGUUGGUCUAGAGUGUCUGAUGACGUCACUGACUGAUCUAUUCCCAGCUUACCUACGCCGAGGCGUUAGACGUGAGCUGGUUCUGCUGGCUAUCUGCAGUACCUGCUGUUUGCUGGGACUCUUGCUGGUCACUGAGGGAGGAAUGUACCUGCUCCAGCUGCUGGACCAUCAUGUCUGCAGCGGCACCACCCUGCUCCUCCUCUCACUCUGCCAGUCUGUCAGCAUCGCCUGGGUGUACGGUGCUGACCGUUUCUAUGGCAACAUCACAGACAUGAUUGGUUAUCGUCCAUAUCCAUUGAUGAAAUACUGUUGGCGCUACAUCACUCCCCUCUUCUGUUUUGGCACGUUCAUCUUCUCUAUUGUCAAGUACUCCCCACUGAAGUUCAGCAACACAUAUGUUUAUCCACUCUGGGCCAACAUCUUGGGCUGGUUUAUUGCCACUGUCUCCCUCUCCCUCAUUCCACUCUUUGUGUUAUAUAAAAUAAUGCAUGGAAAAGGAACUCUCCGACAGCGAUUCUUGUUGCUCUGCCAGCCUGUGGACGACCUUCCCUUGGAUGAAAAAUAUCUUUCUAACCUGGGAACCAAUGUAACUGCUGCACACACGGAGCUCAAACCUUUGUCCGAAAAUGGGGAAACUCAUUAAGUAGU